GGUGGGCGGGAGCGCGGGGCCGAGAUAGAGGAAGUCCGCGUGCCGCGCGCCUGGGGCCUCUGCCUGUUCCUCCGACUCCCGCGACCUCCCGGCGGCUGUUUGUGGGCUGCCUGUCUUGGAUACCUGUGAGCCAGAAGCCGGUCAAGCUGCCAGCUGCCUGUACCAUGGAUCCCCAGGUCAGCAAUGGUUCAGGCCUCCAGGAUGAGCGCAUCACAGACCUGCUGGUUUUUGGCUUUCUCCAACACUGCUCCAACUGUAAUUUCCACAAAGAGCUGAAGGUGCUGGGCCAUGAGCUGCCUAUACCAGCUUUCCUGCCGGAAGGCCACGAUGAUGAACUGCAGACAGAUGGCAACCGGUACAGCCACGUGGUCCAGCAAGGCCCGAGGAUAGAUUCUGAGAGUCAAGAGGAAAUCAUUCACAACAUUGCCAGGCAGCUCGCCCAGAUAGGGGACACGAUGGAGUGCAGAAUCCCUCCAACACUGGUGAACCGCCUGGCAGCCGAGUUCAUGAAUGGGAACCUGUCAGAGGAAGACAGAAGGUGCCGCCUCGCUGCUGCGCUGGACCAGCUCAUGCAGACGUUCCCUAAAGACAUGGAGACGGAGAAGGCCAAGCUGAUGUUGACCCUGCUGUUGGCCAAAAAGGUGGCCGAUCACAGCCCGUCCUUGCUCCAGGGCGUCUUUCGCACAACAGUGAAUUUUAUUAACCAGAGCCUGCUCACCUACGUGAGGAACUUGUUCAGAAAUGAGAUGGACUGACUGGAUGUAUGACUACAAAAGCACGUCUGGCUAAAACUUGAUGUAGCUAAAACAGUAGUGUACCUGCCCCCAGUGGAGAUGGAACUGCGGCCCUUUUACAAAGUGCUUAGAGAAGACAGCUAUUUAUUUCUCACUAUUUUAAAGGUCAUGUUUGAAGCUGAUGACCCGUUUAGAAAUCUCUACAUUGAUCUACUUGAAUGAAAAUGUCCGCUUGCACUAUCUGAACGAGCUUCACACCACCUCCUAAGUCCAUUACACACUAUGCCUUUAUCUUAUUUCAGAUGUAUAGGUCCCCACUUGAAAAUUAAAUUUAAAAACAGAUUGUAAGGCAGAAGAAAAAACUUUACUGUUUUUUGAAGUGCAACCUUGGGGCACAGCCUCACAGCAGACAGUGUCAUGUAUGGAGAGCAAGGAAUACAGACUCCUUACACAUGAAAAAUUCCUCAGGACAGGGACCAUCUUAAUACUAAGGAAGUAACAGCCUUCCUGUUUAAAAACUAGAUGGCACAGGAGGUUUUAGACUAUAGUUCUGUCUUCAAAAAGUGGGAAAAUCAGGCCUCAGGACGUGUUUGGCUUUUUUCACCCUGCUUUCCUUUCAUUAAGAGUCAAGGAAAAGUCAAAUAUAUGGUGAUGGAAGGAGAACUGACUCUGGAUGGUGAACCCACAAUGUGAUUUAUAGAUGAUGUAAUACAGAAUUGUACACCUGAAAUCUAUGUAACUUUACUAACAACUGUCACUCCAAUAAACUUCAAUUAAAAAAAAAAGUCAGGGAAAAGCACUGGCAGUUCAGAGGUAUGGAAACUCAAGUGCCUGUCACCUGUUUCCAAACUCAGGUCACUAAAGCCAUCUGUUCUCUUUCCAAGAAGUCAGGACUUUGAUAAAGACUUGAAGCUGGUGGAUACCAGAAGAUACUGUGUACAACCUGUGGGGAAUGUAAUUAGUAAUCUUGUUUUCAUUUUCUGCCUGUAUCCAAGAGGCUGCAUCAGGAGAGAACGGGGGUUUGUGAGCAUAAAAGAUGAAAAACAAACUUAAAAAUUCAGCAGUUAGGUGUCUGCCUCUCCUAGAGACAGUCAGAAUUAUAGGACUAACAAACUCAAAUCCCUUAGAUAGUGCCCAAAUAAACCAGGGAGCGCUUACAUUUAGAAAUGGUGCCUGCCUCUGUUCCCUGGGGUGCUGGGUCUGCAUUACCUGUACUCUGCAGUAACAUGUGUUACUGUUAACCUGACACUGGAGAAGCAUACGAACAAGAGUAACAAAGUACUAAUAAAUAUUUCCUUGCUAUCAAAAACACUUUUCUGUUCCUUCAACAUUUAAAUUUAUCAGAAAAGAAAAAUGACAUCGUUCAUCAUUAAAUGGAUGCCACUCGAGGGCUAGGUCUCAAUCUGGUAUCUGCAAUGUGUUGUAAAUAUUAAAAGCAGGUAGAAGUUGCCAUGCCGUGUGAAGGCCUUCAUUUGGAAAUAAAUUUUCCAGUAAUGCUGUUAA